CUAGCUUAGCUGAAAGUGUGAGCACCGGGGCGGGGGAUGGCGAUGGCGCCAGCAACGCGAGCUCCUGGUCCUGGCGGCGCAGCCGCUAGCCGCUUGGUCUCUAAGAGCGGCUUCUCGGUGCCGCCUGCCGUCCGGCCGCCACGCCGCGCCGCCGGGGGGACCAGGACCGAGCUCCUCGGCGUCGCAGCGAGGAGCGGGCGGCGGGACGGCUGGCCGGGCGCCGACUCCUCCAGCUCGUCCUCCUCCGGGGGCGGCGGCGGGCUGGUGGACGCGGAUAUGGCGACGCUGCGGCGCCGCAUCCGCGAGGUGAGGGCGGAGUCGGCAGAGGAGGACGGCAUUGACGCCGACGAUGACGACGACGCCGGUGGCGGCGUCCCGCUCCCGGCAGAGUGGACGGAGCUGGAGCGGCGGCACCACGGGAGCUACGUGGCGGGCGUGCGCAGCGCGGUCGGCCUCCUCGAGGCGCUCCUCGUGAGCGCCAGGCCGGGGCUCGGGGCCGGCAUGCUGGCGAUGCUGCUGCUCGGCGUGCCGGCGUCACUGUUACUCGUGUGCAUGCAGCUUAUCAGACACUGAUUUCCGUCUCGUCCGGAUCUCUGGCCGGUCGAUGAACGGGAACUGAAUUAGUGUAUGGACUGAUGCAGCUCUAGG